AUGUCGUUCUUGUCAACACCUAUUGACCUUGUUGGUACUGUUUCAGUGUGGGAUGCACAGCUUAAAAGGGCUACGAAUUCUUUCCCUAUAUAUAGUAACGUGGAGGUAUACGUGGGUCGUGAUCAAAGGCGCUGUAACCAUGUUGUGGACGAUCCAGUCAUCUCCAACAUCCAUCUGCGGAUCUACACAAUAAUAUUUGACCGAGAAAACCCCGAUGAAGUUGCACCUUUAGUAUACGCUCAAGACUUAUCGAUGAAUGGCACCUCAUGGAACGGUUACCCUAUGGGAAAGGGCAAGGAAAGCUUUCUUCUUAGUGACGGUGAUGUACUACGGCUGUCUCCGAAGCUCUCUCUCCAUUUUCGUUGCGCUGUACAGGGAAAAGAAGACUGCUUUGACAUGCUUCAAAUGAUAGAGAUGAGGGUGUUUGAAGACCAGUACAGCGUUACGCCGCAAAAGUUGGGAUCUGGAGCUUACGGACAAGUACAUAUGGCAUUCAAGAAGGACACUGGCCAGCAACUCGCCUGUAAGAUUGUCGACCUCCGAGCUCUAAAGAACAAAGUUGUUAGGGAAGCCGAAGAUCAGCACUCUAGGCACUUUAAAGAGGACGCGUUUCCCCCCAACAGAAACAGGUUGCUCGUUACUCGUGCUUUCAAGAAAUCCCUUCAAAGGAAGAUCCAGGAGAAGCUUGACGUAUACAGCCGCGAGGCUAGAAUACUUGAGAGCCUCUGUCAUCCCAACAUCAUUAGCAUUGAGAAAGUCAUCGAGUCAAGCAAUACAAUUUACCUUUUCCAAGAACUCGUCACCGCUGGUGAUCUAUUCUCCUACAUCCAGUAUAAGGGCGGAAAGCUAGACGAUAUUGAAGCCGCAGUCAUCGUGCGACAGGUCCUGAUGGCCUUGGACUAUCUGCAUCAACGGGAAAUUGUCCAUCGUGAUCUAAAGCCAGAUAAUAUUCUUAUGACAUCUCUAGCUGAUGGAUGCAGAGUCGUACUCACCGAUUUCGGAUGUGCCAGGUUUGUGCGGCCAACUGUUGAGCGGAUGUCUACGCUGAUCGGCACAUUCGACUACAGCGCGCCUGAAAUGCUAAAGUCCAAGCAAGGCUACACAAAAGCUGUAGAUUUGUGGUCACUGGGCUGUGUAGCAGCUGUUCUCCUGACCGGAGACAUCCCAUUUAAGAACUCAUUGACUACUGAUCCGACAGAUCUCUCUCGAGAGCGUGACCUUGAGAAACUCGAAGCCGAUAUGGAGUGGAACAAGAUCAGACAGCGCGCGAGGGACCUUGUUCGCAAGCUUCUCGUGUUUGAUGAAGCGAAGCGCAUAGACGUUAAACAAGCGUUAAAUCAUAACUGGUUCACCAACCCAUCUCAUCGGGUGGAGUUCGAAGCUCUAUACCGACGAGCGAUCAGGGGCUGGAAACCUCGUACGCAUAAGGGUUCUCUGAUUAGCAACCUGGGCAGUUUAAUAAAAAUACCAGAGCAGGACAGCGCACCCAUGCAGACUCUGUGCUCUGACGGGUAUUCAAGGGUCGAUUCGGGGCAGUCGUAUGCUGCUGAAGAGAUACCAUAUCAAGCAAGAGAUUCGUCAACACCUCCAGUCUCACAGGAGUAUGAGUUAUGUCGUGGACAUUCCGCAUCCAUGUCUACGACUCUUUCAGACCCUGAACUCCCGCCGCACUGCUGGGUAGGACACGCAGACACGAGGCCACCAGGACAUCCACAUAGAAAUCAAGACCGAGAUUGCUUCUGCCCAGAUCCAUUGGAGUUUAUCUUGCAAGAGCAAAGUUCUCAUAUGCAAACCUUCAGUGCAGGAUAUGGCAUGACUUAG